AUGAGUUGGGGACUUCGUCCAGAAGGAUAUGGAGAACCUUUCUACGGGGAUGAGGUAGGAUUUUCUAUUCAAAUGUACCACAAUGGUGAAAUAAGAGGUAACUAUUAUGUGAAUGGGUCUGUGGAUUGGUUUGAUUAUUGUGAUAAGGAUAGAAUGUCAAUGACUGAGAUAGAUGCCAUGGUGAAGGAGUUAGGGCACGAAGGUUUGAUUAACUACUGGUACAGUAUUCCAUGUGAUAGUUUUGAUGGUGGCCUAGUUAAGCUGAGUGAGGAUACAGAUGUCUUAGACAUGCUAGUAUUUGUGCCAGACACUAGGGUGAUAAAUAUAUUCCUAGAACAUGUGUUGGCAUGCAGUCAAGAGCAGUUUUACAGUCAAGUGGGUUCAAACAUAUUUAUAAAUCUGGAUGAAGAUUUUGGGACCAAUACUGGGGUAGUUUUACAAGAGCUUGAUGACAAUUAUGGUGCCAUUGUUCCAGUGGGUGGGGGAGUUGGUAAUGUGCAAAAGGUGAAAAAAACAAGUGUUGUAAUAGAAGAGUUGAAUGAAGAAGCAGGUGGAGAAGGCAAAGAGUUGAAUGAAGAAGGGCUGAAUGAAGAAAGGUUGAAUAAAGAAGGGCUAAAUGAAGCCCAUCGUACCUUUGCCACUGACUUCUCCAGCUUAUUCCGUGAUUUUAGAAGCCCAGGAAUCACUGCCUUCGACCGUUCACACAUGGCCGGAUCAAACCAUGCCCAGAAUUGA